AAUGACAUAACCUGCUGCUAGUUCGAGUGGAGUAAAUUUUUGUAUUUUCAUUUUAUAAAGUUUAUUCACAUUUUUUGGAUAAAAUUAAUACAAAAAUAAAAUGAAUUUUAUGAACUGCCUCAAAACGGCAAGUCUUGUUUCCCGGCAAUCGGCCCGGAACUAUGCCUUUAAGUCAGAUUUGAAAAUAAAAUGGAAUCGCCCGGAAAAGAUUUCUUGCAUUCGACCAGAGAAAAGUGGUGAUCUAUCCAAGUUGCCUGCUAUCAAUCAAAAGGACCCAUUGUUUGAUUUCCAAGAUUCAAAAGAGUUAAAAGACGCUGAUGAAAAUGUAAAAGCAAUCUUCCGACUUGAAAACAAUCCAAAGAUCCAUUCAUCUAACCUGUACCGGGAUAUGAUGAUAAAGGAGGUACAACGACACCCUCUGGAUCUUGGCUCAAUGGAAGCUAAAUUGGCCAAAAUGACUGCGACAAUUCGCAUCUUUCAAGACCAUAUGGAAAAGUUCCCUCGUGAUAAGAAAAUCAAGGUUUUACUAAAAGAGAAGAUUGACAAACGCAAGAAGUUCCUUAAAUACCUUCGACGAUGGGACUACAAACGCUUUGAAUGGAUGCUCGAAAAAUUGGAUUUGGUUUACAAAUCACCACCAAGUGAAUUUCACUGGAUUACCCGCAAGGAGUCGUUGAAAAAGUUAACUGACAUUCAUUGCGAAACAUUCAAACAGGAAAAAUUGGCGGAAUAUCGAAACAGUCUGCAAGCACAACAAAUUCCGUUUUUAGAGGAGAAAAUCAAGAAUUUAGAAUUCAUUCGUACGGAACAGCAAGAAUGCCAAGUGCCAGUGACUGUGAGUCAGGAUGAGAUUAAUGCUGUAAAGAAACAACUGCAGGAUUUGAAGGCUAGCAGGGAAGAAGCUGAAACCAAUAACAAAACUAGUUAAGAUGCUUGUAUAGGUUUUGAAUAAAAUGUUUAAAGUAGAUUACAAA